GGUGUGUAAGAAUAAUGCGCGAUGAUUGGCGGGAGAUAAUUCAACGCAGCAUCAACAUAAACACGGACAAUCAGAGAGACAGCAAGAGAAAGUUGAACAAUGUCGUUACGAGGCAUUUUUAAGAUUAUUCACCGCUCUAAUUUAAGGACAUUGCACUCACGUGUCCCUUUAAACAGAAUUUGUGUGAAAUCAUCCUCAGCUUCUCACACACACUAUAGUAGCAGCAGCACAGAGGGCAUCAGCCGCUAUCCUGUACCCAACAAGAAGAAUCUGCCUUUUGAUAUUGUUGAACUGAUGGAGGAAGUUGAAGAGAAGGGUGGAUUUCUCCCCAACGUGUUUAGGGUUCUGUCUCAUCGUCCUGCUGAGUUUCGUGCUUUCUUUUCUUAUUAUAAUGCCCUCAUGAACAAGGAAACUGGUGGUCUGUCAAAAGCGGAUCGGGAGCUGAUUGUUGUCGCAACCAGUGCUCACAAUAACUGCCUGUAUUGUGUAGUAGCCCACAGUGCAUUGCACCGCAUCUAUUCCAAAAAACCUAUGCUGGCUGACCAGGUAACAGUGAAUUACAAAGUUGCCGAGCUAACAGCCCGUGAGCGAGCAAUGCUUGACUUUGCUUUGACAGUAUGCAGGAGCGAAACAACAACUGAAGAACAUUUCAGCACUCUGGAGACUCAUGGAUUUGACCGUGAAGAUAUUUGGGACAUUGCUGCCAUUGCUGCUUUUUUUGCCAUGUCCAACCGCUUGGCCCACCUGACUGAUAUGAGACCUAAUAAGGAGUUCUACAGUAUGGGCCGAGUGCCAAAAGAUAAAGCAAAAAAGUCUGACGGGCAAGCAAAAGGGGAUUAGGAUAAUAUCAGGUUAAUUUUUCACAACAGUAGAUAAAUACAAAAAUAUGCCUUUCAAAUGUCACCCUUUUAUGACACUUGCACUACUGUAUGCACCUUUUGGUUUUGUGGUAUUGUAAUUGAUACUAAAAUACAGUUACACACAUAAUUAAUAGAUUUUUUAAGUAUCAUUUGUCAGUCUUUGAAUUCUAUUAGUCUUUUUUUUUUUGCUCAUUUAUUAAAAGGAGAAUAUCUUGAAUCUAGUUGCAGAAAUACAGUCCUGAAUAAAACAUCCUUUGAUAAAAAGUUUGUAAUUCAUUUGGAUCUUUUCAUUUACGGCUCUGUGCAGUCUGAUUUUAUUCACUUAAGAUUACCAGUUGGAUAUCUUUGUUAAACACAUGAUAAAAAAUAUCAAAAUGUUAAAAUCAAUUUUAUAUAUCAUAUAUAAACAUCAUAAAUAUAAAGUAUUGUUUUUUAUAAGUUAUUUAUCUGUGUGCUGUGCUUCCUUAUUUUCUUUAAAGGGGUCAUAGUGUGAAACUCUGACUUUUUCCAUGUUUAAGUGCUAUAAUUGGGUCCCCAGUGCUUCUAUUAACCUAGAAAAUGUGAAUAAGAUCAACCCAGUAACUUAGUUUUGGUAAAUCAUUCUCUGCAAGCAUGUGGAAAAAAUAAAUCAUUGAAAUUUGGCUCCCCUUGUGAUGUCAGAAAGGGGAUAAUAACACCCCUUAAUCUGCACCCUCCAACCACAGCACUGCCAUUUAGUUAAAAAUAACCCAGCCGUUUUUAGAGUGUAAUGUCUUACCAGUAAGCUGCAAUAGCAACGCAUGUUGCAGUUAAACUACUGUUUACGGUUUUGCUAUGGCCCGGUUAGCUUACAUACUUGCUUAAAUGAGUGUAAAAAUGUUAGUGUCGUUUUUAUAAGUUGGACUAAAGAUGAAUGAUGUGUAGUGAUGUCAGUGUUUAAACUUUUAAUAUACUGUCAGUGAUUCAUGUUAAUAAGUGGUUAAAGCAUGUUGCACUACUGUUUACAGUUUUACUAUGGCCCGGUUAGCUUACAAACUUAAAAUAGCUGUUGUGUUAGUUUUGGUGCAGUUUAUCUGUAACAUAUAACCAUGUAA